AUGGUCGUAUCUUCGCCAACUGAUGCUGAAAGGAGACCCGAGUCGAAUUCGAGCGGUUCGGCAGGGAUUCCUCAGGAGAUGGUUCAAGCAGAAGUCGCGCGUCAGUUAGACAACGCUAUGGUUGAAGUGAUGAAUCGCUUGCAAGCGGAAAGGUCAAGAACAGAACAAGCCACCCAGGAAGCACGUCAGCUUCGAGAGCAGUUGGAGUUCUACGAAAUGAAGGCUCGGCAGGCACCCCCGCCCGGAAUCUCACCGCCUCCUGGAGGCGAUCAUGGAGCUUCCAUCGGAGUUUCUGCGAAUCAUCCUCUACCUGGUCUGAUGUCGGAGCAAUUUGCUCUUCCAGGGCUACAAGUGAUCCGGUACCAGGAAGCUUCAGCCUACCUAGUGGUGAUCGGGCUUAUGGGGCUACAAAUGAACCUGUACCAGGAAGCCUUAGCCUACCUCGUGGUGAUCGGGCUUAUGGGGCUACAAAUGAACCUGUACCAGGAAGUCUUAGCCUACCUCGUGGUGAUCGGGCUUAUGAGGCUACAAGCGGUCCUGUAUCAGGGAGUCCUAGCCUACCUCGUGGUGAUCGGGCUUAUGGGGCUAUUAGUGAUUACGUACCAGGAAGUUCUAACCUACCUCGUGGUGAUCGAGUGGAUGGAGCUGUUGGUGAUAUGGUCUAUGGAGCUUCUAGAUUACCACCUGGCAACCAAUUGGGUACAGCCCCUUUUAUCAGUGAUCCUGGAGCUUCCAUCGGAGUUUCGGCGAAUCAUCCUCUACCUGGUCCUUCUGAAGAAUAUGGGCAUAGGACGCGUACCAGAUCUCAGUCGCCAAGUGGUCCCCGUGCUUUCUUUCAGGGCUUGUUUGGUCGAGGAACAGCAGUUCGUCAGGAAGCACAGCCAUGUGACCAGUCAAGUACAGCUGUGCCGCAUUGCGGCACCGGCUGGCCGAGGUGAUGACGUUCUGGCCACACUGGCUCGGGGCAUUAUUGAGGCCUUGCUGCAGCAACAACAGCAGGGGCCGCGUCCGGAUCGUCCGGAAACCGUUAAGCCAGGCAUAUCUGAGCUUCCGCAUCUCCCGGAGUACCAGCCGUCUACGGGGUCGAUAGACCUACUACAUUGGUUGACGCACAUAGCGCCUAUGAUGGAGGACUUGUCAGAUACCAGUUUGCUUUGGUGGCAACAGACGGUUAAGGAUGCUUUGACCUGGUAUGCUCGCUACUCCUCGUCUCCGCCCCUGGCCAGGUUGCAACUUCGUCCUCAGCCUAGCAGUGAACUUCGCCCUGAGUGGGCGCGGGUUGAGCGCCGGGCCACGGCGAUGAUGCUCAGUGCCAUUCCGAAGGCGAUCCGAGAGGAGAUCAUAGCGCAUGGCCAGAUGUCAACGUUGGAUGUGCUUUGCAAGUUAUACUCGGUGUAUCAGCCAGGGAACCUGCAAGAGAAGACCUUAGUCCUGAGAAUGCUGGAGCAGCCGGAGGAGUGCGUCACGGCGCUUCAGGCAGUUGAAGGAUUGCGGCGAUGGAGCUUGUGGAGGAGACGGGCGGCUUCACUUGGAAUGGCAGAGCCGGACGCGUCAGUUCUUGUGAGAGGACUGGACAAGAUAACGGCUCCGAUAAUCAAGGGGAGCGGUGAGCUGGCGUUCCGGGUGAGCUUGAUCAGGAGUACCUUGCAGGUGGAUGUGAGUCCUUCUUCGGCCACGGUGACUACGUUCUUGCAGCACCUCCAGGCUGAGAUGGAACAGCAGGCCCGUCUUGGGGUUGCCAAGGGAGUGAAGUUUGACGGUGAGCAAGUGCAAGCCAAGGUUUGUAAGAUCCUGCAGGAUGUGAAGAAUAUGCCCCUGUUCCGGUCGGUGAUUGAUGCAGUGAAUCGGUGGGCUCAUCAACCUGAGCCACCAUCCCCCCGGGCGCGAUCGGCGCUGUUGGACUCUGGGGCCACGCAUGUUCUACGGGGACCGCAGGAUGAACGUGAAUGGCGCCAGGCUACGGAUGUAAAGGUCCAGUUGGCUGGGGAUGCAUACGCCUCUAUGCGUCAGACCUCUUCGGGAACGAUUCUCAAUGAGGACCAGAUGGCUCAGGUGAUAGUGCCGCUGGGCAAGGUGAUUGUGAAUCUGGGCUACAAAUUGCAUUGGACCUCGGAGGAGUGUUACUUGUACCACGAAAAUGGAGAGGUCAUACACUUAGAUGUGGUCCGGGGUUGCCCGGAGGUGAGCGAGGAGGUGGCGAAGAAGUUAAUCUUCCGUUUGGAACAGACACAGCUCCCAGAGCUCAAGGACACCACGGAGGCGUCGAUCAAGGCCCUGAACUUUGUGAAGUCGAGUUGGUGGGUGUGCCUUAUGGAGUAUGUGAUGACUGGCAGCGUCGAUGCUGCAAGGACUGCUAUUGCCAAGGCUCCUUUCUUGCUGUACAAGGAUGUGAUUACGACUACUUUGGCUACCUCCAGACCGAGGACGGGAAUAUGGGAUCUGUUGAAGUCCAUUAAGAUCAACAGGCGAACUCGCAAACGCCUCAUGAAUUCAUCCUCCUGGGUGAUUCGCUGGGAUCCACCCACCGUGGACCGACCCCGAGACCUCUUGAAGCACCUUGGGAUGGCCAAGGAGACUAUGUAUGUGAACCUGAACACAUUGCUUCUUGAGAACGAGUUCGAUGAUGUUUGGAAGGUUGUUCUUUGGGGUGCAAUGGAAGGAAAGAUUAGCACUGUGGUGGCUAAGGAUUGCUGCAGGUCCCCUCUGGACCAAGUGGUCGCUGCACCGCACCGGAGUAAGGUGCACUACUUGCAUGCGUUGGCAAGCGCAGGCCGUACUGCUCGCGGUCAAGAUGCUGUGAGGUUGCUGGUUGAGGACUUGGAGGCCCAGGAGUAUAUGAACGAGAUGGGAAUUGUUGAUGUCUCAAUCUCUGAGUUUACGGGCGAGAACUAUGUAAGGGUUGCUCGUAUGGACGGGGAUGCUGCCUGGCGGCUACAUGUUAUGCGAGGGCGUCAGCCAUUUCGGCGAGAUUGCUCGGUGUGCGUACGCAACAGUGCCACGGGCAAGCAGCACAGAGCUACCAUGCAUCCAAUGGCCUACACGUUGAGUGUGGAUGUGGUUGGGCCGCUGAAGGAGUACGGAAAGUCCCCUGAUGGUAAGUUCUUCAAGUACUUUGUGAUAGGUGCUAUGAGGAUCCCAAAAGUUGAUGGCGGUGAAGGACAUCCAGAAAUUGAGAAGGAAAAUGAAAGAUGGAAGGAGUUGAAGGCGUCGUUCAAAGAGCCGAUAUCAACUACCACCUUGUACUUUGCGGUUCCAGUGAACAACAAGAAGGCAGCUACGAUGCUUCCGGCUGUGCAAAAGAUUGUCCUGGAUGUGAAGGCCCUGGGCUACCCUAUCACCAGGCUUCAUAGUGAUCGUGGUGGUGAAUUCCGAGGCCACCUGGUGAGAAGAUGGGCUUUAUCUCAGGGUAUGUGGCCUACGACAACCUCCGGGUCGGAACCGGCGGCUAAUGGUGUCGCUGAGUCUGGAGUUCGGUACUUGAAGCGGCGGGCGCGAGUGCUGCUGGACAGCUCAGGUGUGGGUCGACAACAUUGGCCUACGGCAGUUCAGCAUGCGGCGGCGCAGCAGCGAUGUGAUCAACUUGGAGUUCUACCAGCCUUGCCAGUCGCCUACGGCACGAAGGUGUAUGUGAAGACCAAGAAGUACAAGACUGGGGCGGUCGAAGAUUUUGGCCCGCACUGGACCCGUGGACGAUAUGCUGGGCCGUCCACUGAUAUUCGAGGCGGACAUGUGAUUCUGAAGGACACCGGCACCUUUGUUCAGACCACGCAUGUGAGGAUCACCAGGGAGCCACCUCCCUUGGAUACCAUAGCCCCGACGGUUCUAGUGGACCCAGAAGGUGCUGACGAAUCACCUCCCGCCGAAGAGGAACCUCCUUUACCACCACCGGUACUACCUCCACCUGAUAAAAGGCUCCGGAGAAAGACCCCCAGAGCUGCCAAACUUGAUGAGCUUUAUGAACCUUGUGUUGAGCUGUCGGAUGCUACUCAUGGUGUGAAAAGUUCAUUUGAGGAGGAGCCCGAGAUGAAGUACCUGAGAAUGGAAGAGGUUGAGUACCUAGAGGGAGUCGCUCGUGGUUUGUAUGAGAACCAGAAAUUCAGUAAGUCUGACAGCCACCGCCUAUUGAGUUUGUUUGCUGGAACAUGCGGCAAUUUGAAGGUUCCCCGCGCUCCGGAAGGUCAAGGCUUGGUGCUUGGAGCUUUCGUUCAUGGAGGUUCAUUUGGAGUGACCCGUUAUGGACGUGAUCUUCCGUGGGUUACCAAGUACUUCAACACCUACUUGUACGAGAAGAUCAGGGCCCAAUGGCCGCACGCUCGACCUACCUGGACUACCCUGGCUGUGCAAUGUGCCGAAAAUGUCCCUCGCCAUCGUGAUGUUCAUAAUGAGCGAGCUACCUUCAACUAUGUGAUUGAGUUGAAGGCGGAGGACGUUGGUGGUUUGUGGGUUGAGGAUAAAGGCUUCGAGCGUUGUGUUGUUGGAGGAGAGCGACCACAAGAUUUUCAGUACGAAGCCGAGAGUGGCGUUGUGUAUGACGGGUGCAUGGUUGAUAUUUCGGAGCGGCCGGCGGCUUUCAGCCCAACAACCCCGCACGCAUAUGUGACCGCCGACCAUAGACGAUGGUUCUUGAGCGCUUACACUCCUCAAGGGUUCUCUCGGCUGAGUCUUGGUGAUCAGCGAUACCUGCGAGGCUUGGCGUUUCCUCUCUGUCAAGAAGAUGAAGAUUACCACGGAACGCUGGAGAAUGCUCCCGCGUUAAGGGCUGCAGACUUGCCUACUGGGGCUACAUUGAGUGGAUCUCAUGUGAACCAGGGAGAUGUGGAAGUAGCUACCGUGGGAGAUUGUGAGGAAAGUCUCAGUGAAUGGGCAAUCUAUGUUGAGGACUACGUUGAGGAAGAGACCGAACUUGGAGUUUGUGAGCAGGUCAGGUGUUUGAAGAAGAUUGGUUCUUCUGAUGAUCCCGGAGAUGAACUUUGGUCUUUGGUGGAGGCCUCGGAACUUCUGUCUGAGGAGGAGGUUGGCCCUGCUGUUGUUGAGAGCUUCGGGGAAAGGCUAGAGGACUGGAGCACUAUGGGGACUUUGGAUGUUCCAAGGAUCGCAAAGGUUGAGCCGGAGUAUACCCCCGACAUCGAGGACAUCAUCGGCAAGGCUAUCUCGGAUCGGUGCCCUUUACGUCACACCUACAAUGUAAGCCCUCAGGAGGCUAAGGCCGUGAUCGAGAAGUGGCGGUCUGCAAUCACCAAAGAGGUGGGUGUUGUAGAGAAGGGUUUCAAGAGGAUCCAUGUUGAUGAGGUCCAGGAGAUGAAAAAGAGGUGUUCCGUUCAGGAGCUGCCUUCCAAGUUGGUUUACACAGUGAAGCCGCCGAGCACGACAUCUACUACCAUUACUGAUGAAGAGGAUGAAACCAUGUACUGUCGUCGUAAGGCUAGGGUGGUAUGCUGUGGCAACUUCGCCGACGAGGAGGGCUCUGACCUUUUCGCCGGGGGCAUUGCGGCGGAAAGUAUGAGAUGUGUACUGGUGUACACAGCCGACCAAGGCUGGAUGGUGGGAAUAGUUGAUGUCACUGGAGCGUUUAUGCUCACUCCGCUUCCGCAAUUGCAAGGGCAAGUUCGUUACAUCAUAAGACCACCAGCAGCUUUGAUAGCCCUUGGAUUGGCAGACAGGAAUGAAAGGUGGCUAUUAACGCAUGGAAUGUAUGGCUUACGCCAGUCACCUAGGUUAUGGUCGGAGUAUCGUGACUCUGAGCUGAAGCAGGUUACUGUUGAGUAUGAAGAUAAGGUCUAUGCGCUGAAGCAGGGCGUGGCGGAGCCGAACAUGUGGCUUGUGUAUGAAGUGGGCGCGCCAGUGGAUCAACCUCCUGACGGUCUCAUCCUGGUGUACGUGGACGACAUCAUGUUAUGUGGGCCAAGAGGUUUGGUGUGCGCUGUAGCUGCUAAGAUUUCCCAACUUUGGAAGACUUCGGAGUUGGAACUGCUGACGGCGGAGCACGAUCUUAGGUUUUUGGGCUGUGAGAUAUCAACCGAAGAGGGUGAGAACGUCUUCUACUUGCACCAGCGGCCCUACAUAGAUGAGAUCCUACGCCAUCAUGGUAUAGCAGCGAGUACCUUGUCUCAAAUACAGGCCCCACGCGACAUGGUGACCUUUGAGGCUUUUGAGGGAGAGACCCCGGGAACCCCCGAGGAGAUCAAGGCCGCGCAACGUUUGUGCGGCGAACUACUUUGGCUGGCCCAGCGAUCAAGGCCAGAUAUUUGUUACGUUGUGAGUGCUAUGGGCUCCCUGUUGUCAAGGGCAGCGGUUCGCUGCGCUGCCAUUGGCAUGAGGUUGCUGGCCUACUUGCAGCAGACCAGAAGCCUGGCGCUGACUAUGAAGGCCACUUCGAGUGACCUCAUUGCCUACUCGGACAGUUCGUUUGCUCCCCAAGGAAGUCGAAGCUUUACGGGAGUUGUUCUGAGUUGGAAGGGUGCGCCAGUGUCAUGGAGGGCGGCAAAACAGCCGUUCACCUGCUUGAGUACAGCUGAGUGCGAGUUGGUGGCUUCCAUUGAGGCAUUGACGAUGGCCAAGUCUUUGGAGGCUAUCAUCCAUCAAUUGGACCCUAUGCCCAGGCCUAUCAUUUUGGGGAUUGACAACCAGGCGACGAUUGCGAUCGCUCAGCCUUCUACGACGGCUUCUUGGCGUACACGACACCUACGAGUACGUGCUUCGUACAUUCAUGAGCAGGUGGAGUCGAGGCAGGUGAAGAUCCAAUAUAUUCCGGGCAAAGACCAGUGGGCGGAUCUGCUAACAAAGAGUUUUCCCAGGCAGAGGCUUUGCGAGCUUACGAAGCUUUGGGGUUUUGUGGAUCGUAUUCAUGAAGCGUCCAAGAAGGCUGUCAUGAAGGCAAUGCUGAUGUGUAUGGUGGUUCAAACUUCCCGGGCGCAGGAGAUUAACGAGCCCCUUGCAAUCAACACCUCCGUCGAGCUCUACGUUAUGAUCUUGGUGUUGGGUAUUGCCGUGGUUGGGCUUUGGGAGUUCUUAUGGCUCUGUGUUGAUCGGUGCUGCACGAGACCUGAGGAGACUCGCUCGGCUAAGAAAAUGAGGAGGCUACGUGAGUUGGUUCAGAAGGAACUGGAGACACAGAUUAAUGAGGUUUCUGCAAGCUCAUCGUCGGCGCCUUCCGCACCGACGCCUGCUCCAGCUCCACCGACGACUCCGCCAAGAACUAUGAGAAGUUCCAUGUCUAUGCCCUCACCCCCGCGACCGACAAGUGCGUUGGAUAUGCCCACACCUCGUUGUACCAGGCUUUCAGAUGCCACUACUCAGACCCCGAUUACCGAAGACUAUGUACCAAUUGUGGAAUAUCUGGAUCGUGAUGUUCCUGUUGUGGUGCGAGAGUGGCAUCCGGGCCCAGUAUACGUGAGUCAGCAUGGAGACACGUUUCAUACCCAUGAGCGAUGCUGGGGACUACGGAACACAAGGGCGAGGCCCCUGCGAUUCUGCCAGUGCUGUCGGGACAACGAAGGGCGAUCACUUCGUGACCGAGGCGGCUAA